GACAGUGCUGGAAAUAAGUGUCUCUCCAGAGAUGAGAGGAGGAACACCACUGAUUACUUCAGUCUCUUUCAAAGUAGGUUCCCCUGGAGCCCCAGGGACAGCUGGAGGGAGCCCAGAGGGGGCAGAGAAAGUGUUGCCUUGGGCUGGUCCUCUGCUGCUGAGCUGGGCUGGGAUCCUGGGACAGAGGGAGCUCACGGUCCCCAUGCCCAGAAGCAGCAGAUGUCCAACGCCAGCUCCAUCACUGAGUUCCUCCUCCUGGCAUUCGCAGACACGCGGGAACUGCAGCUCUUGCACUUCUGCCUCUUCCUGGGCAUCUACCUGGCUGCCGUCCUGAGCAACGGCCUCAUCAUCAUCGCCAUAGCCUGCGACCACCACCUCCACACCCCCAUGUACUUCUUCCUCCUCAACCUCUCCCUCCUCGACCUGGGCUCCAUCUCCACCACUCUCCCCAAAUCCAUGGCCAGUUCCCUCUGGGACACCAGGACUAUUUCCUAUGCAGGAUGUGCUGCACAGCUCUUUCUCUUUCUCUUCUUCAUCUCAGCAGAGUUUUAUCUCUUCACCGUCAUGGCCUACGACCGCUUCAUUGCCAUCUGCAAACCCCUGCACUAUGGGACCCUCCUGGGCAGCAGAGCUUGUGUCCACAUGGCAGCAGCUGCCUGGGGCAGUGGGUUUCUCAGCGCUGUGGGACACACUGCCAAUACAUUUUCACUACCACUCUGCCAAGGGAACGUCUUGCAGCAGUUCUUCUGUGAAAUUCCCCACAUCCUCAGGCUCUCCUGCUCCAACUCCUACCUCAGGGAAGUUGGUCUGCUUGUCAGCAGUUUUGUCCUUGCUCUUGGAUGUUUUGUUUUCAUUAGUCUUUCUUAUGUGAAAAUCUUCACUACUGUGUUGAGAAUCCCCUCUGAGCAGGGACGGCACAAAGCCUUCUCCACAUGCCUCCCUCACCUGGCGGUGGUCUCCCUGUUUAUCAGCACUGGCAUGUUCAACUUCCUGAAGCCCCCUUCCAUCUCCUCCCCAACUCUGAAUCUGGUGGUUACAGUUCUGUACUCAGUGGUACCUCCAGCAAUGAACCCCCUCAUCUACAGCAUGAGGAACCAGGAACUCAGGCAUGCCAUUAGGAAAGUGAUUUCAUGGAUGUUUCUUAAUAGUGACAAACUUCCCAUUACUCUCCACAAAUGA